AUGGCUUCAGGGAAUCGAUUAUCGCGUGAAGAAAAAGCAAAAGAUAUCGCUGCCUCGCCGAGCCCGGCUAGGGAUGCGGACGACGGUCCGUUGGAGGAGUUCGACAUAAUCCAUCGUGACGCUCUGCGGGAUACGGAAAACAUGAGUCUUUCCCAGCGUCUUUUGGUCGCUGAGGCCCACAGGCAAUUUCGCGAAGAAGUCGAAGAAAACGCUGAGGAUGAGGAUGGAGAGGCAAGCGGUUCUGAAGCGCCUAGCCAAGUCGUAAGGCCCAGGAGACGGGCUCAACGGAGGGCUCGUUUCGACCGGUCAGACCGUCUUCCCGCACCAAGGAGUAUCCCCUUCGACGAGGUAGACUGCCGCCCUGUGAUAUACCAUCCUGGGGGGAUCUUCGAAGAACUACCUUCGCUCCCUCGCGAAGCGUUACGUGACCCGCGAGCUCAAUCGUGGGGAAACGUGUUCAGUUCCUUUUCUUCCAACGAGACCGUGAAGAAUUUGCUAAGGGAAAAUGGUGGCGCCGGAGUCACCUUCCUCAUUCCGUCUACCGAGCAGCGCCCAUGGUCACCACCAGUUGGUUACCAAUGCGUAUACGAGUCUUACUUCAAGGAUCAGACUAAGCUCUGGUUCCCAAUCCCCAGAUUGAUCACGUCUUACGCGUUUCGUCGGGACAUCGCCAUUUCUCAACUGCUGAACGGGUCGCUGCGCAUAGCCGUCAUGUUAAUGGUUAUGGCAGCGGAGAUGGAUAUUUCGAUGAGCGUGAGGGUGUUCGAGGAGCUGACUUUCAUGAAGGCGGAGCCAAACAGGAUCUUUUCAAUAAAGAUGCGGGCGAGUUACAAUGUUUUGACGGGUCAUCCAAACAAGACGCAGGAUUGGCAACGAGCAUACUUCUACGUCAAGUCCGACGAGCACGCCUUCGAGGAGCCGCCGGGGGACGAUUAUCGCGUUUUAUGGAAUCAGCAACUCGUUCGUCAUCCCAACACGAUCGCCUAUCCCGAGAAGUUCUUCGAAACCGCCCAACUGAUCGCGACGCAUAGUCAUCUCCGUUGGCCGGAUCUUAGUCGGGAGUGGAUACGUCGUCAGCAAGCUAGGAUUGCUAGAGUUGACUGGGAAUCGAGACUUCCUUGUGUACUCGGUCCCCGCAAAUCACUCCUCUCCUUGUUUACUCGGAAACAACAAAAGCUUCUCAACAAAACCAGAGAGAUGGAGGGAAUUCCCGACUUGAGUGCCCUGCUGAAAGGGAAGCUUCAAAUCCUCUCAACAAAGUCGUCUUCUGCCGGUGCCUCAGAGGUCAGGCCUGUUCCCACAGAUGGAGAUGUGAACUCUGAGCCGCCAGCUCAGAGUUCUCCGAAGAAGAAGGCCAGUAAGGCCAAGAAAAGGAGUGUUCCUUUGGAGGAGGCACCAUCCUCCGCUGAUGCCUCUCAAGUCGCGGCUAAAAAGAAGAAGAAGAAAAAGGACAGGGAUGAUGAUGCGGGAAGACACGAUCCAACCGAUUCUACUCGGGGAUCGUCUGAAGAACGUCCCAAGAAGAAAUCGAAGAAGACGACCGCAGAAGACAAUGGGACUCCUGCUCCUGAGAUCCCUUCUAAAAGCGGGGGACCGGUUACUGAAACCGGAGAUGGCUCACGGGAUGAAUCUCCGUUGACUAAGGGAGCCCUUUCUCCUUCUGCGAGGAAGAAGAGUGUUAAAAGCGGAGGUUCGCUUCCGCAGAAGGCGGGAAGAGGAUUUCCAGAUCGCGUAGAGUUCUUAUACGACGAGGCGACUCCGUUGAGCGACGAGAGUAUGAACUAUCUUGUCGAGAAGUACGAUAGUACUCUAAAGCAGACGAUGAUCCAGCUAGGCGCGUCGGAGAAACUUGCGCGAACCCGGCUAGGCGUGAUAGUGAGGUUGCGCACGGAGAACAAGAAGGCUAGUGAUAAAGAGGCCAAAGAGAAGGAAGUCCUCCGGGUCAAAUUCGCAGAGCUAGAAGACAAGUUAAAGUCUGAUCGUCUUGCAAAAAAGGAUGCUCUACGCGAGAAGGCUCGUUUAGAGCGGUUGGUUGCUUCUCUUGAGAAGGAGAAAACUGAGUUAGAGGGGGAGAGGGAUGCCGUCGUUGGAACACUGGUCAAGGAGAGAGAACGCUUGAGGAACUCUAGGAUUCAGGAGGUUACUCGCGAAAGAAUCAGAGUCCAGACAGCUAUGGCAGACAAGUCUACUCGCUGCUUUGGUCGAGUAAAGGGCUAUCUAGACCAUAUUAACGCGUUGAAAAAGGCCAAGAGUUUAUAUGGGCAAGCUUCAGGAACCAAGAAGUGUCUUGAGAUGAUAAGAGAUAGCGGGACGUAG